AUGACCCGAGCAGACUCGGGGAUCCAGGCCUGGCCCUUUAGCGACUUGCGUUUAUUUACGCCCGGCUCCGGCACAGACAUCUUCUCCCUGUUCCUGGACCCGAGCUGCAUCUCGGACCUCCUGGGGAUCCUGUCGGCCCGGGUCGCCUCCCACCCCGGCCGGGUGGACGGCGUCGUCGGGGUCGAGUCGCGGGGAUUCCUCCUCGGGCCCAUGCUCGCCCACAGCCUCCGCCUGCCGUUCGUGCCGGUCAGGAAGAAGGGGAAGCUGCCGGGGAGGGUGCUGGCGAAGGAGUACGAACUCGAGUAUGGCCAUAACACGUUGGAGAUCCAGGUGGAAAGCUUGAGCUCGGAAAGGACAGCGUAG